CUUGGCGAAAGCAUGAGUCUAUCUGCCUCGCUGGGGGGGAUACACUCUUUUCCCUGAGGUAUCCUCAACCUCCCCCCUCGUUUGCCCAUCGCGAAGUCGUUGCUGCUGAACCCGUCCCGAAGACUUCCCGACUCGUCCGUCCGUCCGUCCCCCCCGUUUGUCUCCACGACGAUAGCGACUUCGAUCCCGCAACGGCGAAACCUCCCUUCCCCCCCCUUGCUUCCCGCUUUCCGCUUCCACACCAAAGAGGGCUUCGGCACAAAUCCCACGCGCCAGCCACCAGUCACCCUUUGUCUUUUCCUGCGCAGUGCUGUGCGAUCGCUCCAACAUCCAUCCCAUUCGAAACGUGUGUACGAAUAGCUGCAUGCUUCCUACUGCCGCGGCGGCAGCAACCUAGCCUACCUACGAUUCUACGAAACCCCUGUAAUAUAAUGAUUUGACGAGUAUCCGCCCUUGUUACCGAACCGAUCCAAGAUCAUGAACGGGUAUUCCCCGGGGAGGCCCUCACCGCCCCGGGCCGCUGGCCCUGGAGGGAGGUCACUGGGAGGGGAUGGCCUCAGGAGAGACAUCAUGGAUACUCUGGAAAAGGCGCCACUACGUGUUGAUCCAACAAGCAGGACCUUGCCGCCGAGCUCCGCCCUGGUCGACCUCAAGGACCCGAUUCAAGUCCAUCUGCUGACAGAAACGGCGCUGACGGACAGCAAACAAUACCAAAUACUGUCUCAGGAAGAGGUGGAUGGGCUCAAAAAACAGAUACAGUCGUUGGCAUUACGGGUUGAGCAAACACGAGCGAACCUGGCCAUCCAGACCAAGUAUCGAGAUGCCGCCGUUUCCAUGGCCAAGCUGUAUUCGCAGCCCGAGGCCGCCAAGAGGAGGAGUUUGUUGGGCAGUAACCGCAACAGCAUGGUGGAAUCCUUGCGUGAGGCCGAGGUAGAGCGACGGGCGAGUGAGAAACUCGUCGAAGAGCUGACGAACGACCUACGGGCUCUCGAGCAGCGCUUCGUGGAAUCGCAAAGGCGUUUGCUGGAGCACACAGCCGGCAUCCUCCAGCUGACGCACAAGGCUUCCAAGAAGCCAGCGAAUCAGUUUCCCGUGCAACUGAUGAAUGGAAUUCCAGGAAGCCCAGAGAGUCUGUACACCUAUUCGAACGGCCGAAAUAGCUUGGAACCAGUAGGCGACGACUCCUUCGACGAGGGCGGUCUGUACCAGGACUUCAACGAUGCACGCUUGUCUCGCGGACAACCGAAAGUCAACCCGCUCAACAUCCCACCCAAGGCGCCAAGUCGAGAGCAGGGUACUCAGCUGCGAGACGAGAACGAAAAGCUGCAAGAAGAUGCUCAGAAACUGAGGCAAGAUGUUGAAAAGCUAAGGGAGGAAAACGCCAAAUUGCGUGCGCAAGCCGACGCGUUAAUCAGUCUGCGAGAGGAGAAUGCCCAGCUCCAAGCGCAGACCGAUGCCUUGAGCGGCGAGAUCGAUUCUCUCAAGAAAGAGAAUGCACAACGAUUACAGUCCGUCUCUGAUACGGAGCAGAAACUAACGACAUUCAACAACUCGCUGCGAGGCGUAAUUGUAAAUUUUAAUCCUACAAAGAACGGGGGUUACCGUGAGCCUCCUUCAGCAUCUGCGGAUGGGCGAGCCGAGCCUGGCGCGACCCUAGGCAGCCAGGUCGAAUACCUUGAGGCGAGCUUGUCGGCAGUGCGCCAGGAGCAAGAGCUUCUAGGACAGUCUUCUGGCCGUCUCCAAGAAGCGGAGGCCGCCGCAGCCCAAGCGUCAGUCGCCCUUUCGCAGGCUGAGAGCCGCGUCGAAGGCCUGAACCAGCAACUACGAGACAUCCUCGUCGCAGUUGACCCAAGCUAUCCUAAGGUUCCUGACUCCGGUCUUGACGACCAGUUCGACUGGCUUCAGCGUGCCCUCUCUGUUGUGGACGAGGAAAUGAAGAAGAUAGCCAUCAAGUCGACUGUGAAGAAGCAAGAUGACGAGCAGGUCGAGGCUGUGCUGAUGGGCUUGUGGGAUAUCAUCCAGACGGGCUUCGCAAGCAUCCAAAAACAAAAGGCAGACCGUCGCCGUACGCGGCUGGAGCAGGGCGUGUCGGAGAACGACGACGACAUGUCAGGCGAUGAGGCUGUUGACACCUCGGAGCCAUACUCGCUGUCCGCGUUCUCGACCAAGGUGCAGUGGCUCUACAGCCAGGCCACUAGUCUAAAGGAGCAGAAAUCGGUCUUGAAGCGUCAGAUCAAGCAGCAGCGCGAGCUGAACAACAAGUCAGACUCGCAGAAAGACGAGGAACUAAGGGCGAAGCAAGACCAGCUCGACCAGCUCCGAGCCGCGCAAAUGCGGGCCGAGGAAGAGAAGAUUCUCGAGUUGACGCUCAAACAGGACCAGCUGGACCAGCUUAGGUCGCUGCUCGAACGGUCCGAGGAAGAAGUGGCUGAGACCCAGGAGAAGCUCGUCAAGGCCCAAAGGGAGGCGGAGACGGCGUCGAUCACGCGCAUGGCCAACCAGUCCAGCGCUGCCAGGACGCAGGAUGACAUCAAGGAACGCGACGCCAAGAUCGCAUCUCUGGAAGCGAGCACCAGAGAGGCGCAAACGACGCUGGCGAGCCUCAACACAAAUGUCCAAGAGAUGAACGACAAGCUGAGCAAGGCCAAUGAGGAAGUCGCGCUGCUGACGGCUAGGCUGGCGGGGGCGGAGAAGGCUGCAGUCGAGAAGCAGCAAGAGGCCACCGCCAAGGACAAGGAGGUCAAGGAGAAGGAGGAGGAACUGGACCGGUUUAACAUGAUGAUUGUCGAGCUGAAGACGGAGCUGACCAUCGCACAAGCCGAGCUGGACGGCGCGUACGGUUCCCGUAAGGAGAGGGCCAACCAGGCCGCGGCGGUUAAGAGCACCGUCGAGGUCACACAGCUCAAGGCUGAGGUGGACCGGCUCAAGGAGGAGCUUGGCUCGACGCUCAAGGAACUGGAGAAUAUCACGGCCGAGACGAUCAACGCCGAACGGGAGAAGUUUGAGGUCGAGAGUAAGCUCGACGACGCGCUCGCCGUCAAGUCGAGUCUCGAGGGUGAGAUCGGCUCGCUCCGGGACCAGCUGGACGCCGAGGUCAACAACUCACGGGCCAAGAUGUCCAAGCUGCAGGAGGAGCUCGACAACGAGCGGCUAAAGGUGACUCCCGGCACCGGCGUCCGUGGUGCCGGGGCGUCGAUGCUCAGCGAGCAGUUCCGCGCCACGAUGAGAGAGGAGAGGAAGAAGUUUCAGGAGGAUCUCAGGGAGGAGCAAGGCAAGAGGAGAAGGCUCGAAGAGGAGCUGCAGAAGAUCAGGAAGUCCCAGGGCCCUGGACGGAGUCCCCUGAGCCCGCGGUGAAGCUGGACACCGACGACGAACCCAUACGCACAGUGAUUCGACUACCCGCCCUCGACCUGCAGCACCUCACUUUCCCCCGCCGUCGUGCGGGACAUCUGUGAAUCGACCCAAUCCUAUAUCAUGUACUAGUACGGACACCACUGCGUUGCUUCGUUUCUUGGUUACCACCUUUUUUCUUCUUUUUUUGCAUAGCGGGAUUAUAGAAAAGGGAGGUCGAGACAUGUUUGUUUUCGUACAAAGCCUUUCUGGCUUGGACACCACUACUAUUAUUCGUAUUACCACUACCGCCACCCAAAUAGCAUUUACCGGGUGUUGCCUCACCACCGUCGAGCCCAUUUUUGUAUUACAUCAGGCCGUUUUUGUGGUUGUAGUCGUUCCUCUUGCUACUAUUGGUU